AUGUUAAAAACAUUGAAUACAUAUGAUCAUGAUUUAUCAAUUCAAUGGGCUUUAUGUGGUCGAUUGACAUCUCCAUAUCUUUAUUUAAGAAAAUUUAUUAUUGUUUUAGAAUUUUCUGGUUCCGGUUAUGUAUGGAUUCCUUAUUCAAUUAUUAUGAUUGCAAUUAAUUAUCCAUUAAUAACUGAAGCUAUGCGUUAUAUUUUACUAUUUACUGGACUUAUGUUUGAUAUUGCUGUUAUUGGUACAACCAAAUGGUUUGUACGUCGUCCAAGACCAAUGAUUAAUCAUGAUGAUGUUCUUUCAAUAGGACCAGAUAAAUUUUCUUUUCCAAGUGGUCAUACAUCUCGAGCUGUGUUUCUACUUUUUUAUUUUAUAAAAACUUCUUUUUUUCAACAAAUUCCAGGUUUAGUUAUUAUAAGUUGGUUAAGUUUUGUAGUUGCAUCACGUAUUUUAUUAGGACGUCAUUAUAUAUCAGAUGUUUUAGCUGGAGUUUUAUUUGGAAUUUUUGAAUGUGCAGCUAUUGUACGUCUUUCACCUUUUGUAAUUCGACUUGUUUUUUCGAUUUUUAAUGUUUCAAAUUGA